AUGGUACCAAACCAGGUCAAACCACACAGGAAGAAUGUUAAAAAUGAGUUUGAGGUAUUCUUGGUUGAGAAAGGUCCUUUGGACUGUUCAGAGGAGCUUGCUGCAGUAGAAGGAUGGGAGCCGCUCACGCACCCAGAAGGGUCUUUGUUCUUCUAUCACCCAUAUAAAGUGCGUCUACCGUCAGCUCCUAUGUAUCCUGAAAUUGCUGUCAAAUUAGGCAAAGCUGUUGAAAAGGCAUACGAAGAAGCGCGCAAUGCAGACAUCUUCUUGCAUCCAUCCGUUGAGCUCGCGUUGGAGCUUGUGAGGAAGAAUGUCAGAGAAUCGUGGGGCUACUACUUUGCUGACCACGAAAGACGUGUCAUUUUCUGGUCCGAAGACCACAAAUCUCGUUCCCUUAUGAAUGAAGUUAGAGGUGUAGAGCGCAAGAGCCACAUCAAGUAUGCAUUAUAUUCACAAUACUGGAAUCACAUCCAGCUAUUCCCGAACAAACACCUCCUUCCGGAAGAUGUUGUCGUGGAGCUCAAAGAACUUGUCAUGCAUGCUCAAGCAGACUAUAUCCUUUUGGAAACACCCCUAGUACCUUUCACUGUGGACCAGGUUACUAGCCUGGUCGGGCUUAUUGAUUCUCUCAUGAACAGUGCUAAUAAGGAAUGUGAGCACUCUGCAUGGAUUGCAGGUGAGACAAUCACGGAUAAUCGGUUGAGUGUUUCUGACAUGCUUGUCGAUUUCACCUAUGUUGAUGAAAAUGUUAUGAUAUGGGUUGAUGAAGAUAUCAUCUGGCCGCGGUGGAGCAAAUUUCGCGAUAGGCUCACCACUGAAUGGAACGAAUAUGCGUUAUUUUCUACUGUGAUGCUUGCUGUUAAUAUCAGCUUUCUCACGGUUCCAUCUGUCGCAGACCAGUCGCUCGUGAUCGGUUUAACAUAUCUGUCUACCAUCUUUACCAUUGGCUCAUUAACAUCCACACUAUUCUUCGUUGGACAAAUCAAUGACAGUCUACGAGGCACCACUGAAGAAGUGGCCUAUUACAUGCAAGAAAUACCACAUUCUGUGCUAGGCCUUGAGGGCCUUGCCCUUAUGCUUAGUCUGCCAUUGGGAUUUUUGAGUUGGGGAAUGACAUUGUUUACUGUGGUGUUGCUCUGGAACACUUCUAUGGUGAUCUACUUGAUUGCUGUUCCAAUUUUAAUCACUAUAAUGGUCCUAUUGGUGUUACAACCCCUUAAACAACUUAAUGCUAGGGCAGAGACUAGGACUCAAACAAAGGAUAUCACGAUAAAAGAGAUGAGGUUGAGCAGAACAUCCUAA